AUGCAGAAGCUCUCUGCAUCAGAUGCUGCUUCGCCAACACAGGUUCAGUCUCGCCUGUUGAAGGGCCCAUCGUUUGCAGAUGUGGUGAUCCAGGAAGUGGCACGGUUGGCACGCGAAGUUCAAGCUAUUCAGCGUGAUCGGGAUGCACUCCUGCGUCAGAUGGAGGCCUUGCGUGCUGAAGUGCGUGAGAUGAAGUUGGCCCGAAGUGGCCCACCAGUCCGAGUGGUCGGGCGAGAUGGCAUCUCAUUGGAACGUAUCGUUGAGCAGGCGGUGCCGUACACCAUCGUUGAGAUACCGGAGGGCAUUCACAGCUUUGAGCUCCUGGAGUUGAAGAAGCCUGUCCUUAUUCGCCGUAGCAUGGCCGCCCGCAAAUCUGACACAGUGCUCAUGGGAAGCAUAGUGAUAGCAUCUCGCGGAGUGAAGAUUGAAUCAGUAUGCUUCCGUUGUGACCGGGAGUCCCACUACACACAGAUGAUAACCGUGGGCACGUCGGAUUGUUUCAUUGAUGCUACUGAGGCCGAGCUUGUUGAUUGCGACAGCAAUAUGAGUCUUGUGGUAAAAAGUGGAGCGCCGGUGAUUCGGCACUGCAGCUUCCAAGUUCACGGUGAACUGAAUGAUCAAGGGCUGCGGGCGAGCCUGAACAGCUGCAUCUGGCUGGGAAGGGACACCGCCGCCACUGUCGAUUCCUGUUUCAUCGAUGGGCGAGCUCACCGGGCUCAUGCCUUCUCGAUCGAUGACAAUGCGUGGGGCAAGUUGCGGCGGAAUGUGGUUUGCGGAUCAACCGAACAUCCUGCAUUUCACAGAGGAUCUUUUGGCAACUGUGACUUGGACAACAGCAAUGAGAUCAACUGUCCAGUGUACCACGGAGUUCGGAAGCUUCGAUCGUUGGAGCAAAGUCACCCAACAUCACCUACAGCUCCGAUGAGGUAUGAUGCUCCCACUGAGUGGGGAAAGGAAGGAUGCGCCAUGCACCUCGGCCAAUCACCUGACAUGCGCUUAGCAGUCUCUGCCAACGCUGACCACCGCCUGGCACUGCACAGCGCCCAAGUCCCAGUCUCACAAUCUCCGCCAAGCUCGUCUCGAUGCCAUGGCUCAGUACCUUGGCAAGUGCUGUAA